AACAAAUAGUCUGCUCUGCUUCAAAAAAUAAUAGUGGGGAUAUGAAGAUACAUGUAGGUGAAGUUUAAGUAAUAAUGGCGGGACUAACACUCUCCUGUUGCGGCUACUGUAAACAAUUUUCAAGUACGAGUAUAAAUGUAUAAAUACUAACAUUAAUAACUUGUUGUUUGUGUCAAUUGCUGUUGCGGCUCUAUUUUUUAUAAUAUACCAGGUUAUGUGAUUUAUUGCAAUAUCUCUUUAGCUGGAAAAAAAAUAUAUUUUUUAUAGUAUUUUAUGCUAUUUAAAUAAAAUGACUUCCGAAAAAAGUGAUUCCAAGGCAUGGUAUGAUAAUGAUGAUGAUGAUGUUGAUGUUGAUGAAAAAGCAGAAUCAAACGUUAAGAUUGAAAGUUGCGAUAUAGAUUCUAUCAAAAUAGAAUCUAGUAUUAAGAAUGAAAGCUGCGAUAUAGAUUCAGUCAAAACAGAAAACGAUGAUUUUUUAUUAAACCCUGAUUCUAUUAUAUCUGAAAAUAUUGAUGUUACACGUAAGAGAAUCCGAAAUACGAGUCCAGAUUCCAAAACAACACGACUUUUACGUGACCGAAAAAACAGCGAAAAUAGUGAAUCUAAUUCUAGCACAUCAUCUGACCACAAAAAAAAGAAAAUAGAGUAUGAAACAGAACCCAGCAUUCUAGCACGCCGACAAAAAGAAAUUGAUUAUGGAAAAAACACCAUUGGCUAUGAUAGAUAUUUACAAAUGGUUCCAAAAAAUGAAAGAACAAAGGAGCAUCCUAAGACUCCGCCAAAACAUGCCAAGUACAGCAGAAGAGCUUGGGAUGGUAUGGUAAGGCUUUGGCGAAAACAACUUCAUCAAUGGGAUCCAUCUGGCGAAACAAAUGAGAAUUCUGAAGAUUCAUCCUAAUUUGAAGUUUAUUUUUUACUUUAAACAAUUUGAUCUAAGCCAUAUACGAAGAGUUAAUCUUUUGAUAUCCAUAAUGUAAAUUAUUUCGUCUUCUGAUUUAAUUUAUACUAAUAAAUCAAAAUAUUUUGGAUCUAAGAAAA